CGUGCCAUCUCUGCGGCUGCUCGUCCCCGACACCACGUCCUGCUGCGGACUUUCCGGGUACCAGUGAGGACAGGGCAGAACAAGGAAGCGCUAAAAAGCCAUGGCCGAGUCCAACCCGCUACGGGGGUUCCCCCGUCUGCGCCGGGCCGCGACCUCAUUUCCAGGCAAUCUACAUUUGAUCCUCGUGCUCAACCCCAGCAGUUUGUUAAGCUCUGCCCCGAGUCCAUCAUCGAGCACCGACCUGGGCUUUCGCUUCAGUCAGGAUGACUUUCUGUUAAAGAUGCCGGUGGUGAUGCUGCGUUCAGUUGGCGACCUGCUACGCUACAUUGAUGAAAAUCACCUGACAACAGACUUCACUGCAAAAGUGCAGUUCUGCCAAAGCGACUGGGUCGUCCUCCGAACGUCCAUUGAGACGUUUGCAGUGACAGUUAAAGAGAUUGCUCAGCUGCUCCAGAGCUUCGGAUCAGAGCUGUCAGACACCGAACUUCCUGAUGAAGCUAACGCCAUCGAAUUCUUGCUGCACUCCCACACACACCGAUACCGACAGAUGAAGGAUGAUAUCAGGAGUGUGCUGAAAGAAGGACGCCUCCUGCUGUCAAACCUGGAAACUGUCAAAGCUUCUAAAAGAGAUGCAGAGGAGGAGAGGGAAAUACAAGCAGACAUGGACACUGUUAAGAGGCUCCUGGCACAGCUCGGAGACAUGGAGGAGGCAUUUGAUGGCUUCUUUGAGAAACACCACCUGAAGCUGCAGCAGUACCUCCAGCUGCUACACUAUGAAAGUAGUUUCCAGCAGAUGGAGGAGGUCCUGGAGCGGCUCUCUGCCCAGGAGAAGGAGAUUGCCUCUUUGGGGAACACAGUGGUUCAGACAGAACAGUUACUUAAAGACCUGGAUACACUGGACAAACGUGCUCAGGAGGAGAUGGCUCGUGCCCAGGUGUUGAUUCUACACGGUCACCAGUUGGCUGCAAACCACCACUACGCCCUGGCGCUCAUCAUCCAGCGCUGCAAUGAGCUGCGACAUUACUGUGAUGUCAUCACCAUCGCCAUACGCACCAAGAGGGCCUCGCUCACUCGAACACGAGACCUGCUGGGCUGCCUUGAGGAGGCCCUUCGCUGGUGCGACGAGGGCGCCUAUCUACUGGCCAGCCAGAUGGUGGACAAGUUCCAAACCAGAGAAGGAGCUCAGGAAGCAUUGCAGUACCUCAGCUGCCACCAGGAGAGGGCGCCAUCAGCCAUGAAAAACAGCCAGGAUACUCUCAGCUUUGAAUUUCAAGCCAUACUCACCCCGCAGCUACAGUCACAGAUUUCCAUGGUGACAGAGAAGCUGAACUCAAUGCAGUGCAUGAUCAGAAACAGGGAGCAGUGUCUGAGGAAGCUGGCGGACGUGCAAGUCCGACCCAUACAGCUGGUGGCCCCUCGGCCAGAACCGGACCAGACUUUCCAGCGUUGCAAGUCACCCCUUUUCUCCCCCAAACAUGGUGUAGACUUUAAUGUUUUGAACUCCAAGUUCUCCUUUGAUCUGCUUCCCGGCAAGAGGGCUGCAAGGAGGAACAACAGCCAACCCAAGAUCGAGGUGAUGCAUGAUUACCAAGGCAACCGCAGCUGUCUAUAUGGACCCAACCCUGAAACUGAUUCAGAGGCAGAGGACAACCCAGAGCAGGUCACACGCCAUAUUAUGAAGGAACUGAUAGCUACAGAGAGGAUCUAUGUGGAUGAACUGCUCUCCGUCCUUCUGGGUUACAGGGCAGAAAUGGAGGACCCCUGUAUGGCUAAUCUUCUUCCUGUAGCUUUGCGCAGCCAGAAGGACGUUCUGUUCGGCAACAUGCCAGAGAUUUACCAGUUCCACAGCAGGAUCUUCCUCCAAGAUCUGCAGAGUUGCCUGGAGACACCAGAGAGCGUGGGGGCUUGCUUUCUGAAAAGGAAGGACAAGUUCCAGGUGUACGAGCGUUACUGCCAAAACAAGCCUCGCUCCGAGUUGCUCUGGAGACAGUGUGCUGAUUCGCUGUUCUUUCAGGAGUGCCAGAAGAAGCUUGAUCACAAGUUAGGUCUGGACUCUUACCUUUUGAAACCAGUCCAACGCCUCACCAAGUACCAGCUGCUGCUCAAGGAGCUUUUAAAGCACUGCACAGAGGAGCGAUACCGCUGUGAACUCCAGGAGGCUCUGGACUCCAUGCUGGAGCUGUUGAAGUCUGUCAAUGACUCCAUGCAUCAAAUAGCCAUCACCGGAUAUCAGGGUGAUCUCAGCCAGAUGGGCCGUGUCGUGAUGCAAGGGAGCUUUAGCGUGUGGAUCAGCCAUAAAAGGGCAGCGGUGCGAAUGAAAGAGCUGGCCAGAUUCAAACCCAUGCAGAGGCACCUCUUCCUCUACGAGCACGCCCUGCUCUUCUGCAAGCGCAGAGACGAGGACAACCACGACAGGACGCCCUUCUACAGCUUCAAAUCGUGCCUCAGAAUGAGUGCAGUGGGAAUCACGGAAAAUGUGAAAGGAGAUGUGAAAAAAUUUGAAAUCUGGUAUAGCAGCAGAGAAGUGGUGUACAUAGUUCAGGCUCCCACGGUGGAGGUCAAAGUUGCCUGGCUGAUGGAGAUUCGAAAAAUUCUCCACAACCAGCAAAAACUACAAGAUGAAGCUUCUCUUCUGCUUUCAGACAACCCUCUCUCUGACAGUGCAUCAGAGAUGUGUGUGUCGUGGGGCAGCGCGCCGGUGGGAGGCUGCUCAGCGUGUCUCCCUGUUCCUCACAGCUCCUCUACAACAAGCCACUCCCACAUUCCCGGAGGGGAGGAGUCGCUACACACUAGCCCCGCCCAUUCAGAUCCUGUGGUUCAUUCACCUCGACGCAGUUGGCCUGCGAAUGCUCACUCAGUGGCAAUCUGUGAGGGCCUGGAGGACUGGGGUGCUACAGACCUCUCCGCUUUAUCAGACUCAGAGGAGGAGGAUGAGGAUCAGCCUGCCCCACUGGUGGCGGGCAGGUACAGAGUGAUGGUAGAGAGCACGAUGGCCAGCUCUGAUGACAUCAUCUUUAACUGUGGUGAUGUCAUCCAGCUGCUGCAUGAGGAUUCAUCAGGAAUGUGGAUAGUGAAGAAUAUAAGUCGUGGGGAAGAAGGCCGCGUCCUACCCGAGGACUUGCAUAGGAUUCUGGGAGAGACGUGCUGAGAGCCAAUCAGGACAGAGGAUGAAUGA